AGCCCCUUCGUCCUGGCCUCCUAUCACCGCAACCGCACGCUGACCGCCCUGGCUCAAGGAGGACACAUCUGCUUCUACUUCGGCUUCGCCAUGAGCUUCUUCGGCCUCGCCACCAUGCUCAUCCUCUUCGCCAUGGCGCUGGAGCGGUGCCUGGCCCUGGGGCGGCCUUACUUCUACGAGCGCUUUCUCAGCCCCCGCACGGGUUUGGUGGCCCUGCCCGCCAUCUACACCUUCUCCGCCGCCUUCUGCUCCUUGCCGCUGGUGGGCUUCGGGCGCUACGUCCAGUAUUGCCCCGGCACUUGGUGCUUCAUCCAGAUGCACCUGGACUACCUCCAGGACAACGGCGGCAGGAAGGUGUCCGGGUUGGAUGUCACCUUCUCACUUCUCUAUGCCACCCUGCUCCUCUUCCUCAUCCUCUCCGUGCUGCUCUGCAACCUCAGCGUCAUCGUCAACCUGGCCCGCAUGCACCGCCGCGGGCAGAAGACCCGACGGAUGGCCACGCUCGAGCAACCCCGGGCGGCCGGUGGCUGCGGCCGGCGCAUGUUCUCCAUGGCCGAGGAGAUCGACCAUCUCCUUCUCCUCUCCAUCAUGACCAUCACCUUCGUCAUCUGCUCCCUGCCAUUCACGAUCCGUGCCUACGUGAACAAGUUCAGGGAGGAAGAGGACAACCACGACUGGGACCUCCUAGCCCUGAGAUUUCUUUCUAUUAAUUCCAUCGUGGACCCUUGGGUCUUCGCCAUCCUGAGGCCGCCGGUCCUGCGGUUCAUGCGCUCGGCGCUGUGCUGCCAGGUGACCCCCACGAGCCAGGACAGACGGACUCUGUCCCCCGCAAAGACAAAACUGGCAGCACAGCUGGAUCCCUGUGGGCCGUAGCUCCAUCAGCCAGUCCAGGAGACAUCUGUGAGGUGAAGCACGGCCCUGACAGAUGUUCACAGAGCUCUGCCUUAUGGCCCAUAAAGAGACGUAUCUGCUGCAGGGUGGGCCAGGUAUGGGUGACCUGGCCAAGUGUCAUCAUGUGUCUGGGAAGCCCCUGGAAAGCCAGUGAAGUCUCUCAGAGGGCAAAAAAAAAUCCAGUGGGACAAGAUCAGAAGGGCUGAUGAGUACCUGGGUAUCGCUGUCGCCCUCAGAUGGGGCUGCUCCCACCCGGGGAAGGGUGCAGGCUGCGUUCAGCCACGCUGUGGGAGGGUCAGGGGGGUGAAGCAUGGGGGGGGGUUGUGAUAACACUACUGCUGGGGGGGGUGUCGGGGAGCAGAGCUUCCUGCUGGUGUGUUUCCCAGAAAGGUCCCCGCGGUCGUUUUGGGCUGAAGGCAGUGUGCAGGCAGGGGUGUGGGUUGCCACUGUUGCUGCGAGCACCCCUCUCUGCCCCCAGGGUAGGAGAGGGAGGGAGCAGUGUAUCCCCAAAUAUUCCCUAUUAUUUGGUAGGCUGGUUGCCUAAGGAAAUGCACUUUACCAGUCUGUGUGCAUGUGUUUGUCUGUCCGUCCCCCACUCCAGAGAUUUUAGGCUCCGGUGGACGCCAGUCCAGCAUGCCUGAGGGGCACCGGGGCAAAAAAAAAGCCAAAUUGUGGCACUUCCCUUGUGCUGUGAUGGCAGAAAAGCUGCGUGGCCCCUCCUGGGGACCCAGUUUGCGAUUUUCUUUGCCCUGUAGUUUGUGCAGGAACUGACAAGGGGAAUCAAGAGCCUAACCAGGUAAUGAGAGGUUUUGAUCACAGCUCUGCAUUUACCCAUGUCCAGGGUGAUGCUGCUGGUGGGGUUUGGGUUGACACAGAGGAGGGCACGUCCUCUCAGGCUGCCCAGAAAAGUGCCCUCCCGCUGGCCUGGGACAAACCUGCUCAGGGGCUUCACUUCCUUAAAGGUCUUAUUUGAAAAAAAAAAAAAAGUCAAAAAACCCAACAAAACCAUAAAAAACAAGUGCAGAAACAUCCAGGUCCUCAAUCCUGCCCCGUCGGGCAGCGUCCUUCAGCUCUGCUGUUUUGUUUUGUGGGAUGCCUGUUGCUCUUCGGGGCUUGGAGCUGGUCCCCAUCGGGGUAAGGAGCAUCCGACCCUGCGGGGGAGCCGGGUUUGUCCCGAGGCCAUCGCUGCUGUUAGGGGUUGCUGGGGGGGGACGGGUCGCGGCUCCCAUUUGUGCAGCGUCCAACACACACAUUGUCAUUGUGCUAUUUCCAGUGGGGCGUCUCGUUGUCCAUUUGAGAGCUGCAGCUCUGCUCAGAAAGCCCGAAGGUGCCGAGAUUUGGAGCUUUUCUGCGGUUCAUUAGUUGUGGUGAUGUAAAAA